AAUUAUUAUGUGUUUUGUCAGUUAUGAAGAUGAGGGCCCUCCUGCACUUGUGUGUUGCACUGGCUGUGCUUUUGUCCAUUGUGCAAUGCGACCAUAAUGGUCAUGGGCACGGUCAUAAUCACAGCCACGGUCAUGGGCAUGAUCAUGAUCACAGCCACGGUCAUGGGCAUGAUCAUGAUCACAGCCACGGUCAUGGGCAUGAUCAUGAUCAUGAUCACAGCCACGGUCAUGGUCAUGGGCACUCACAUUCUCAUGGGAAAGGGCAUGAACACCAUACCAACGGAAGCCUGAAGAUUUACCAGGAGAACCUCGACUUUGCUUUCCAUCUGUACAAGCACAUCUCCGCCCAGCCCGAUUCUCAGUCCAAGAACGUCUUCUUCUCCCCUCUGAGCGUGUCCGUGGCCCUGGCCGCUCUGUCCUUGGGGGCCAGAGGGAAGACGCACCAGCAGCUCUUUGAAGGUCUGGGCUUCAACAGCACAGACAUCACUGAAGAGGAAGUGAACCAGGCCUUCCAACACAUCCAUCACAACCUCAAUGAGAAAUCAGACGUAGACCUCUCGCUAGGGAAUGCACUCUUCAUUGCACAAAACUUCAAGCCCCGCCCUGAGUUCCUGGAGAGCAUGAAACGCUAUUACCUGUCAGAGGGUUUCAGCACCGACUUCAGCAAGACUGAACAGGCCAAGGAGCAGAUCAAUAAGUAUGUGGACGAAAAGACCAAGGGAAAAAUAACUCAGCUGGUUGAAGACGUGGAUCCACUAACAGUAAUGUAUAUCAUCAAUUACAUAUAUUUCAAAGGUAAAUGGGAGAUUCCUUUUGAUCCCAAAGAAACCAAGGAAGACCAAUUUCAUGUUGAUGACAAUACAACCGUUCCUGUUCAGAUGAUGUACAAAAAAGACAAUUUUCACGUAUUUCAUGAUAAAGAGAUCUCCACUCACGUUCUCCAGCUGCAUUAUAAUGAGUCUGUCUCAAUGAUGCUGGUCCUUCCGGAGAAAGGAUUGCAGGGUCUGGAGGAAGUGGUCUGCAAAAACCAUUUGAGGAAAUGGAUCAAAUCUGUGAAGAAGAGCAAGUACAAGGUAUUUGUUCCGAAACUGUCCCUGAAAACCUCAUAUAAGCUAAGAGGCAUCCUGUCUGAAAUGGGAAUCACUGACAUAUUUAAGGAUACUGCAGACCUCAGUGGAAUAUCAGAGGAUGGGAAAUUGGUUGUAUCUAAGGUGGUUCACAAAGCUACCCUAGACAUGGACGAGGCUGGAGCAACAGCGGCCGCGGCAACGGGAGUCGAAAUUGUCCUGACUUCAGCCCCAUUCCCCAGUACCCCUGUCCUAAAGUAUGACCGUCCUUUCAUGGUUUUCGUGCUCAAUCGCGAAACCAGGAGUGUACUGUUCAUGGGCAAAAUUGUGAACCCAGCAGAAAAAUAAAAUGACAGCAUAUGAACGGCUCAAA